AUGGCUAUAGGUUUGCCAGAAUCUUUGGCGCCGCUCGCCGCACCACGGGGCGCUCCUGAUGGAACGCCACUGCAGCAUGGGCACCACAGCAGUGCGCGCUUGCCGCGCGGCGACGCAGCUGCCCGCGAGGUGGGAACUGCGCCGGCGCUGCCGUCUGAGGAUGAGGGCAGCGAUGGCAUGGACAUUGACGCGGCACCACAGGUGAUGGCCACGCAGCUGGUGGCGGGCUUUGAAAUCGACCUGGCAGCUGCGCCUGCCGGCGACGCAGCUCGGGGCAGCUCGGGCUGUGGCAGCGGCGGCAGCAGGGGCGACGGCAGCGGCAGCGGCAGCGGCGGCAGUGGCUUGGCACCCGCAAAGCUGGUGCCGCCGACGCAGGUGGUGUGCGGCAGCAGCGGCCGGGGCUCCAAGGUUGUUGCAGGGCUGGCGCUGUGCCCCCAGCGCCAAGAUGAAACAGAAGAAAGGGUGCAGCAAGAGCAACAGCAGCAGCAGCAGCAGCAGCAGCAGCAGCAGCAGCAGCAGCAAGGGCCAGGCGCGCCAGAGCAGCAAGCGAGCCAGCAAAAGCGAGGCGAGGUCAAUGAUAAAUGGGGGGUGUCCCACGAGAAUCCUGCCGCUGCUGGCCCCCCUGCUGCUGCCCCUGCUGCUGCUGCUGCCGCUGCUGCUGCCACUGCUGGUGCUCCUGGCGCCGAUGCAGGGCGCGCAGCAGGUGCAGUUGCAGUCACACUUGCGGCCCCGCUGGCCCUGCAAGCACCGCUGGCGGCGCCGGCCGCCGGGCUUUCGCCGCAGCCGUUCCGCACCCCAGGCGGCACUGGCGUCUGCCCCGACUCAGAAGAGGGUUCGCCGCCCCCAGGCGCCGCACCGGCGCAGCAGGAGCGGAGCGGGCGCGCCCCCACAAGCGGCGGCCCCGCGACCGCGGAGCGGGGCGGCGGCGGCGCAGGGGGGGCGGAGGCGCGCCUGGGCUCUGGGUCGUCGGGCGCGCGGGGCGGCAGCCCGCCAGUCAGCGGCCGGCAGGCGUGGGUGGAGACGCAGGUUGUUGUGGUGGUGGAGGAGGAGCAGCUGCUGGCAGCUGUGCCCGAGGCGCCGCCGCCGCCGCCGCCGCAGGAGCAGCAGCACGACGAGGAGCGGCAGCAGCACGAGGAGCAGGAGCAGCAGGUCCAGCAGGACGAGGAGCAGCAGCAGGAGCAGCAGGAGCAGGAGGAGCAGCGGUUGUCAGGCGGCCGGCUGUCUCCUGCUGCCGAGAAGGCGAGGUGCGGGGACAUGGUGGCGACCCGUGGCGUGCAGGGCUGCGGCGCCCGCCCUGCACGUGCUUCCAACGGCUUGAGCCCCGCCCGCGGCCAACCGCCGGCAGCCGCGACCCCUCCCAAGCAGCUGCCCCCCCGAAUUGCGGCGCUGGGCGCCCCGGGGCCCGGCGCCAGCCCAGCCCGCGGCCGGGGCGCCGGUGGCGGCGCCGCCCGCUCGCCUGGGGGCCGUGGCGCAGCGCACAGGGUCCGCGGGACGCCGCCGGGCACGAGCGGGCGCGGGGAGCGGACGAGCCCUCGCGGCAGCACCGCGACGAGCGAGGGGGGCUCGGCGCCGGCGCCGCCGCCAGGGGCGUCGGACGAGCUGCGGGCCGCGUGGCGGGAAGUGGCGGAGCAAGGGGAUGGGCUGUACGAUCCCGAGCUCUGCCUGCAGAGCGUGGUGCACACGGCCGAGGCGCAGGAGGGCAUGAAAGCCGCCGGAUACAACCCUGCCACGCUGCGGCGCGACGCGGCCGGAGACCCCUCAGUGCUGCGGACCCCCAUCCCCUUUUUCCGUGUGCCCUGGGGUGCGGACAUCACUGGCCCCCCCUUCCAGGCGCUGGUGGCGCUGCAGGCACACCUGCUGCUGGCAAGGAGGCGGCUCGGCCUGGAGGCCGGCUUCGGGCUGGCCGGCGGCUGCGGCGGGGAGGGCGGCGCCGGAGACUGUGGCGGCGGCGGCGAGGGGCCUGCUGGGGAGGGCCUGGAUGACGUGGUGGCGCCGAAUCUCUCGGUGGGGGGCCGGGGUUGA